CAGUAAAUUAACCACUUGUGAGUAUAAUCUAAGUUGAAUUUUCUGUUCUUGGAACAGGACCUGCUGCCGCCAAGCCAGAACUGAUCUCAAAGCUGGAGCGCAGGGCAGCCCCCUGGAUCAAGGAUCCCAAUGGACCAAAGUGGGGGAAAGGUCGCCCCCCAGGGAAAAAGAAGACUGUUGUUACCACCAAGGAGGUUGACAUACCAGUCUCUGUUGAAGAGGCAGGGCUUCCUUUGUUUUCUUUAGUAGAAGUUUGUGACUCUUGCCCCAAUCCUGGCCACACUGAAACAGGAGAUAUGACUGGAAAAGUCAAGAAGACUUACCGACCCCGGUCAAUCCAGAAAUCUUGGUUUGGGCAGUUUUCUUGGUUGAUAAGUGACCCUGAAGAGACCACGUUAUUUUGUUCAGCUUGCAAAGAACGCCCUUCUCUUCAUGACAGAUCUUCUAGAUUAGUUAAAGGGUACACAGGACCUUUUAAAGUGGAGACUUUAAAAUACCAUGAGGUCAGCAAAGCUCAUAAGCUUUGUGUCAACACAGCAGAGGUCAAGGAAGAUGCACCCCGGGCUGCCCUUGUCCCGGUGGUGCCAGAAAUUUCUAGUGACUUAAUGGCAAACAUGGAACACUUUUUUAAUGCUGCCUACUCCAUUGCUUACCACUCAAGACCACUGAAUGACUUUGAGAAGGUUCUGCAGCUUCUGCAGAGCACAGGGACCAUGAUAUUGGGCAAGUAUCGAAACCGUACUGCUUGUACCCAGUUUAUUAAGUACAUCUCUGAGACACUGAAAAAGGAGAUCCUGGAUGAUAUCCGUCAUUCCCCUUGUAUGAGUGUGCUGUUGGACAGCUCCACAGACUCAUUAGAUCAGUCUUGUGUGGGGAUUUACAUAAGAUACUUCAAAGAGAUGGAAGUGAAAGAGUCCUACAUUACACUGGCCCCACUCUACAGUGAGACAGUGGAUGGCUAUUUUGAAACUAUCAUUUCUGCUCUGGAUGAACUGGAUAUACCAUUUCGGAAACCUGGGUGGGUAGUAGGCCUGGGAACUGAUGGUUCAGCCAUGCUGAGCUGUAAAGGAGGUUUAAUAGAGAAGUUCCAAGAAAUCAUCCCUCAGCUGUUGCCUGUCCAUUGUGUAGCCCACCGUCUCCACCUGGCGGUAGUAGAUGCCUGUGGAAGCAUUGACUUAGUAAAGAAAUGUGACCGGCACAUCCGGACGGUGUUUAAGUUUUACCAGUCUUCAAACAAAAGGCUGAAUGAGUUACAGGUGGGUGCAGCUGCCCUAGAACAAGAAAUUGUUCGCCUAAAGGACUUGAAUGCUAUCAGGUGGGUAGCAAGCAAAAGACGGACACUGAAUGCACUGAUUGUGAGCUGGCCCGCCCUGGCCAGCCACUUGCAGAGUGUGGCGGAAGCUGGGGGCCAGAUUGGGCACAGGGCUAAGGGCAUGCUGAAGCUGAUGAAAAGCUUUCAUUUCAUUAAGUUCUGCCACUUCCUUCUAGACUUUUUAAGCAUCUACCGACCUGUGUCUGAGGUGUGCCAGAAAGAGAUUGUAUUGAUCACAGAGGUAAACUCCACACUAGAGAGGGCUUACAUUGCUUUGGAAACCCUCCUUCACCAGGCAGGGCCCAAAGAGGAAGAGUUCAACAGCAGUUUUAAGGAAGGUCAGCUCCAUGGCAUUCCCUUAGACAGGAUGGAGAUGGCUGAACAGCGGUUCCAGGCAGACAGAGAGAAGAUGAUUUUAACUGGGAUUGAAUAUCUCCAAAGAAGGUUUGAUACUGACCGGUCAGCCCAGCUCAAGAACAUGGAGGUAUUUGACACCAUGGCCUGGCCAGAUGGCAUUGAACUGGCUAACUUUGGGAACAAUGAAAUACUUAAUUUAGCCAGACAUUUUGAGCUCUCCCUCCCACCAGGCUACAGCAAAGAAGGCCUCCUAGAGGAAUGGCUAGGCCUAAAGACCAUUGCCAAGCACCUUCCCUUCUCCAUGCUAUGCAAGAAUACCCUUUCUCAGCGCUCCCGCUUCCCUCUGCUGAGCCAGCUGAUGGCAGUGGUCAUUUGUGUUCCCAUUUCAACUUCUUGCUGUGAGCGGGGUUUCAGUGCCAUGAAUCGGAUCAAGACAGAGGAGAGAACCAAGCUCUCCAAUGAAGUCAUCAACAUGCUUAUGAUGACAGCAGUGAAUGGUGUGGCAGUCACGGAAUAUGAUCCACAGCCUGCCAUACAGCAUUGGUACCUGACAUCUUCAGGCCGCCGCUUCAGCCAUGUCUACACUUGUGCCCAAGUGCCCCCUCGCUGUGAUGCAGGUGCUGAGCUCAGGAAUGAGAAGAUGGGAAGUCUCUAUGUUGAGGAAAUAAUGGAUCAGGAGCCAGCCAUGCAGUCUUAUGGGAAGCCUAUCAAAAUACCACAAGAUUAUGUCAGAGACUCGGCUGGAUGCCUCACAGCAGCCAAGAAACCCCAGAAUUGUCCCAGUGAAGAAAGGAUUUUACAAGAGCAGGAAAGCCAGGAGCUACCUCAAAGAACCACCUAACCAACAUUUGGGGAAAAGGCAGGGAUCAUGGGACAAGUUUUUUACAGAGAUAUCAUCUUGAAAAUUCCUUAUGGGCACUACUCAAUUGCAGGCUGACCAGAGCCCUGCUCCUAAGAACUCAGGGAGAUGCAGCCCUCAGAGGGGCACAUCCUUUUCACCAGGCUUAGCAGCAUGUCCUUGGUGGAGCAAAUCCUUUAUGGGUUAAUGUGCAGGGAAAUUUUUUUUUAUCAUGAUUUCCUUCUUUUAAAGCCCUAGGAACUCACCUUGUCAAGAAGUUCUUGGUUUCAUAACUGGAAGGGUUUCAAGUACAGGAAAAGUCUGUCCGGGUAAAUACUGUUUGGAGCUGGGCACUUUAUGUCCAGGAACCAUUAGAAAGUAUGUCCAGGAGGUUGCAUGCUUACUUGCAUUAUGGGUACUAAUGCAUUGGUAAAGAAGGAGGGGAGAGCUUGAUCUAGAUAGGGGUCACAGUGUGAGAAAGCAAUGCUGUUUUAUGGGGCUUCCAAUUUAAUUAUUCUAGGUCAGGGGUUGGGGGUUCCUCAUUUCAAGGGUAGGAUUAGACAUCUAAUGUCUGAACCUGGCCAAGGGAGAAUUCUUCCCUGCUUUUGGAAAGGCUUCUUUUUGAGUUCAGUAAUCCUUCAGACCUGUGUACUGCAGAAAGACCAGAGGUGGGGUGAGAGUUGCAAGGCAAUGGGGUCCAGUUCUCUCUCAUCUGGGUCACCUGGCACACCCAAGAUUAUUCCCUUUCUCUUGCCUGGUGCCUCAGAGCCCUAUUGGUGCAAAAUGCUAGCUGGCUGGCUUCAGGGGAUUGUGGAACGAUAGUCCUGUUUCUCACCUUUGACUGAUAUUUCCUUCAAUUGGUAAUGCUUCAAGAAGCAUUAACUUUGUGCCUCUCCAAACCAAUUAAAUUUGCCAUGAGUGUAUAUACCCCUGCAGUGAUAUGGAAGGGCUCAUGUCUUCUGAGCAAAGUGAACAUUGGUAUUAUUCUUAGGAGCACUUUCUUUCUUGGAGGUUUAGGGUUAGUUGUGGCUAAUGCUGCAUCUAACUUAACCCUUUUUUAUCCAGGGAUAAAUAGGGCUUCCCUACUUUCCCCAACUUUCCUUUUUAGGAAAUAAGAUCAGUGUGAAAGUGAGAGGACUUUCUAAGCCUAUCCACAGCCCUGGAUUCAGCUUAUUUCAAAUUGGGAACAGAAAUAGUGCCACACCCAUUGCCAUAUUUGAUUAUAAAUAAAGGCCAAGGACAGAACAUACCUGAAAAUAUAAGAGCCUUCUUUCUAUUGCAGUCCUUGCUGUUGUUGGUAAGAUUCCUUUUACCUAAAUUAACUGCUCCUUUCCUGAUAGAUUUAUUCUAUAUUCCCAAGAUACAUGAAGAAGUCUUUCUGAGAAUACCUAUCCCUUGGCAUCUUGUGCCACUUACUAUGCAGACCCAGCUUUCAUAAUCUGACCUCAGUCUUAGGCACUAUCUUGAUUUCCCUUUUCUCAGCCAGGGUGGAACCUCCUGUCAUAUUUCUUUCUUGAAAUCUAAUCAGGAUGCCUCAUUCAGUCAGAGGGGUUCAGGGAUUCGAACUAUACUUUGUCCUCUAAGUUUUGAGGUGCCUUUUUCAGCGUAACUGGAUUGGGAACCCCAGUCUUCCCAUCUACCUGUGUUGAUUUAAUGAGUCUGUCUGUGGAUAUUGGGAAUUAAUCUCAGAUAUAUAAAUGGAUUUCUGAGAACAGAAUUGGAAGACGACAAAAAGUGACUGCCCUAAGUUUAUGUGGUGAGUAAUGGUAGUCAGUAUGCAGUCCCUAGUGGUCAUUCAGGUAACAUUCCAUAAAAUUUCUUCAAUCCAGGGGCCGCACUACCAUUCCCAUUCUCCUGUUAUCCUCUGCUCUAUUUUUUCUUCACAAAUACCUUGCCAACCAUGGUCUUCUAAGUGCUCUAACCAGGGCAUGAGUCAUUUUGAUCUUUAAUAUUGGACAAGGACUUUCUUCUGGGAAAUGAAUCUGUGAUAAGAGAUGGAAAUGAUGAUAGAGAAACCUAUGAGGGUCUUAUCAGAACUGAAGUCAUUGCUGAAUUCUUAGUUGCAUGCACUUUGAAAGAGGCUGUCCAUUGCUGGCUUUUUGAGCUGGUUGGCCCUCAGACUGUGGUGACUGAAAAUGUUAUUUAUUUAUAAAAAGCUGUGAUUGUAGGUAUACAUAUAUAUUUCCUAUAUGUAGUGUGGGAAUCACAGAAGAAGGAACACCUUUUCUGCUAGACAUCUUAUAAUUCUGUAAUUAACCAAGGGCCAAGGGACCUUUGACGAAGUUUUUGCUUGAGGGCUCAGAAUGAAAAGUUCUCUGACAGAACUGGCCUUGGGGAAAGCCUCAAGGUUCAAGUUUACUCUCAGCAAGACUUGUAUCCUGUAUCUUGGAAACUGGAUUUGGAAAACCAGUUUAAUAGAUAUGGUUCCUCUUGUGUCUCAAAUGGAUUUAUACAGAUGGGGUAAGGAGGAGUCAGCAUUUACCUUGGAUGAAGAUUCAGGCUUAAUCUCCUUAAAGAAACUGGGAUAUCUUUCCAGAUUUGCAUAUUCUUACAUAUCUCCUUCCCUCCUCAUGUUCACUCUCGCUUCUAUUCUGACUAAUCAGCACUAAUCAGUAACUAAUCAAAAGCCAUAAGAAUUGGGGCUGGGAAAGAAAGUUGCCACUUCCUUUCUCAUCUAUUCAUGUGCCAUGAAGAGUGUGGCCAUGGAUGUCAGCCAUAUUCACUCUUAUCAAUCCUAGUGUGUCUGGGGAGAGAAUCCCAUGUUUUAUGAGUACUUGACCUUUGGAUGACAAUAAGGAUAAACAAAACAAUCCAAGUUAUGUCAGUAUUUAUUCAGCCCGGAAUCCACAAUGUGGGAUCAUUGGGGGAAGGGGAGCAGUGAUGUCUUUUCCAACUAUCCUUGUUUCAGAUCUGUGCAGAAUGUUUUUUUUUUUUUUUUAAAAAGACACAUUUGAUUCUUAAGGUUUUGCUAUCUGAAUAAAGCAGUUUUAUUUCAGUGUCUGAUUUAGUCUUAUACAUGCCAUGGGUGAAGACUCUAGGAGAUGUAGAAACUGUUUUCUAUUUUUCUUUCUUUUCAAAAGGAGGCAGAAGGACCAAGAGAGAGAUGGUAAGAAAAGGCUGUGCAUAUCUUUCAUGUUUCUCUCUCUCUCUCUCUCUAAGAAUUCAUUUGUUUUGUCAAAAUGAGUGUGUGUAGUGGAAAGAGCCUGGCCUUAAAGUCAGGAAGUGCAUAUACCUAGCUGGGCUCUGCUAUCAGGUAGCUACAUCACCCAUCUGAAGCUCAGUUUCCUCAUUGAAAAGUGGCAAUAAUGAUGUUAUCUUCCCUUGCCCUCCACACACUGGGGUUGUAAGAGAAACAUUUUGUAAAUGGUAGCGCUUUAUGAUAGCAUGCAUUAUUAUGAUGAGAAGACAAAGAUAGGUAUGUGUCUUAGUUAUGAAAAUGCCAGUGGUUAUUCAGGGAAGUGGUUUAGCUUCCCAUUAAAAACUCCAUCUCUAUCGUUGACGAAGGCUGACAGGUCAGGUUUUGAAAGCCCAGAGUCCAGUCUAUUCAAGAAAAAAGAGUUCUCUGGCUUGCUACUCUUAAAGAGAGAGAGAACUAACCUCAACAGCUCCCUUUUUCUAAGAGGAUUUUCUCUGGAGGCAAGAACAAGGAUCCCAAGAGGAGUGAGAUCCUCUCAGGAGGGGAGAGCUUUCUGAUAGAAAGCAGACAGUACUGCUUGGAGCUAACUUCUUUGCUUAUAUGCAGACAAAAAAUUUUUUGUUUCAGCACAUUUUCAUUUUUGAACUAUAGAGGACUGAGGGAGAAAUUGUUUUGUCAGGAUGCAGUGUGGGAUUUGAUAUUCAUGGACUAACUGAUUUAUAUAAUAAUAAAUAUAAUUGUAUAAAUAA